GGCGGACGGGACGUCCUCCGGCUGUACGGCUAUUCGGAACAAAAGCCUGAUGGGCUCUACUUCCCGGAUUCCCAGUCCGAGCCGGACAUCCCUCAAGUGGCAUCCGUCACUGUAGACGUCAUGCUCCUUCGUGCAGAGCUGAACCUUGUUCUCUUGGAAACGCACCCCAAUCCUCAGGUGUUGCAAGAAUUAAUGGACCAGGGCUUACAGGUCAACCAGACGGCCGAUGCUGGAUCCCUGAAUCCACUUUUAACCAUGAUUCGCACAGGUAAUGGGAGAAAGAGCCACAGGGGGUUAGUUGUAAGCUGCCACGUGCCUGGGGCGUAUUUUGUAAGGCAAACCAGGUUCGUAAUCAAACCUGGAUGGCAAAUGCUGGCGGGGUUGAGAUAAACCAAGAUUGGAAGAGGAAGGAUCUUCUUUAUUAAGAGGCAGGGGAGACGUCUGAAGGAUCUUCCAACCGAUCGUAGAUCAUCCA